GUCACGCCCUCCCACCCAGCAGUCUGUGCAGACCCGACCUGGCCACUUGUGCCUGGGCAGCCAGCUUCCUUUCCUCCUCAGGGCCCCUGGCAUGUGUGUGUUCUGCACAGCCAGAAACUCGCAGCUGUCCCAGCUGCAGACUUUCUGACUUGGCCUUUCCAGCUGAGAAUGCAGGCUGAUAAAUGCAGGACAAGUAGCAAAUACAUCAAAAAGGAGUUGGUGAUCGAGUCCCCCCUGAAAUGCAAGGAUGCAACUCAGGGAGAGGUGGAAGUGGAGAGCCCAGGGCCAGUCCUGGCAAAGCCAAAGUUGAUUGAGCCACUGGACUACGAAAAUGUCAUCGUCCAGAAGAAGACACAGAUCCUCAACGACUGUCUGCGGGAGAUGCUGCUCUUCCCCUACGACGAUUUCCAGACGGCCGUCCUGAGAAGGCAGGGUCGGUACGGCUGCUCCACGGUUCCUGCGAAUGCCCAGGAGGAAGCGCAGAGCUUGUUUGUCACCGAGUGCAUCAAAACUUAUAACUCUGACUGGCAUCUUGUCAACUAUAAAUAUGAAGAUUAUUCAGGAGAGUUUCGACAGCUUCCAAACAAAGUGGCCAAGUUGGAUAAACUUCCAGUUCAUGUCUAUGAAGUUGAUGAGGAGGUCGACAAAGAUGAGGAUGCUGCCUCCCUCGGUUCUCAGAAGGGUGGGAUCACCAAGCAUGGGUGGCUGUACAAAGGCAACAUGAACAGUGCCAUAAGUGUGACCAUGAGGUCAUUUAAAAGGCGGUUUUUCCACCUGAUUCAACUUGGUGAUGGAUCCUACAAUCUGAAUUUCUAUAAAGAUGAAAAGAUCUCCAAAGAGCCGAAAGGAUCAAUAUUUCUGGAUUCCUGUAUGGGUGUAGUCCAGAACAAUAAGGUGAGGCGUUUUGCUUUUGAACUCAAGAUGCAAGACAAAAGUAGUUAUCUUUUAGCAGCAGACAGUGAAGUCGAGAUGGAAGAGUGGAUCACAAUUCUAAACAAGAUCCUGCAACUCAACUUCGAAGCUGCAAUGCAAGAAAAGCGAAAUGGAGACUCUCAUGAUGACGAUGAACAAAGUAAACUGGAAGGUCCUGGCUCCGGUUUAGAUAGCUACCUGCCUGAACUUGCCAAGAGUGCCAGAGAAGCAGAAAUCAAACUGAAAAGUGAGAGCAGAGUUAAACUUUUUUACUUGGAUCCAGAUGCUCAGAAGCUUGACUUCUCAUCAGCUGAGCCUGAAGUGAAGCCAUUUGAAGAGAAAUUUGGAAAACGAAUCCUUGUCAAGUGCAAUGAUUUAUCCUUCAAUUUGCAAUGCUGUGUUGCUGAAAAUGAAGAAGGACCCACCACUAAUGUAGAGCCAUUCUUCGUGACUCUCUCCCUGUUUGACAUCAAAUACAACCGAAAGAUCUCUGCCGAUUUCCAUGUGGACCUGAACCACUACUCUGUGAGGCAGAUGCUGGCCAGCACUUCCCCCGUGCUGAUGAACGGUGGCGGCCGUAGCUCUCCUGCUCUUCAGGCCAUCCUCCAUGAAGCGGCCAUGCAGUUUCCAAAGCAGGGAAUUUUUUCCAUCACGUGUCCUCAUCCAGAUAUUUUUCUUGUGGCUAGAAUUGAAAAAGUCCUUCAGGGGAGCAUUACACAUGGUGCAGAGCCAUACAUGAAGAGUUCAGAUUCCUCUAAGGUUGCUCAGAAGGUGCUGAAGAAUGCAAAGCAAGCUUGCCAAAGACUGGGACAGUACAGAAUGCCCUUUGCUUGGGCUGCACGGACAUUGUUUAAGGAUGCAUCUGGAAACCUUGACAAAAAUGCCAGAUUUUCUGCUCUCUACAGACAAGACAGCAAUAAGCUAUCCAAUGACGACAUGCUCAAGCUACUCGCAGACUUUCGGAAACCUGAGAAGAUGGCUAAACUCCCAGUGAUUCUGGGCAAUCUGGACAUUACAAUCGAUAAUGUCUCCUCAGACUUCCCUAAUUAUGUCAACUCAUCAUAUAUUCCCAUGAAGCAAUUUGAAACCUGCAGUAAAUCUCCACUCACAUUUGAAGUGGAGGAGUUUGUGCCCUGCAUACCAAAACAUACUCAGCCUUAUACCAUCUACAACAAUCACCUCUAUGUGUAUCCCAAGUACUUGAAAUAUGACAGUCAGAAGUCUUUUGCCAAGGCCAGAAAUAUUGCAAUUUGCAUUGAAUUCAAAGAUUCAGAUGAAGAAGAUUCUCAGCCUCUGAAGUGCAUCUACGGAAGGCCUGGCGGUCCAGUGUUCACGAGAAGCGCCUUUGCUGCGGUGUUGCACCAUCACCAAAACCCAGAAUUUUAUGAUGAGAUUAAAAUAGAGUUGCCCACCCAGCUACACGAAAAGCAUCACUUGUUGUUCACAUUCUUCCAUGUCAGCUGCGAUAAUUCAAACAAAGGAAGCACAAAGAAGAAGGAUGUUGUUGAAACUCAAGUCGGCUACUCCUGGCUUCCUCUCCUGAAAGAUGGAAGAGUGGUGACGAAUGAGCAGCACGUUCCUGUCUCAGCUAAUCUCCCAGCUGGCUACCUCGGCUACCAAGAGCUUGGAAUGGGCAGGCAUUGUGGUCCAGAAAUUAAAUGGGUAGAUGGAAGCAAGCCACUACUGAAAGUUUCAACUCAUCUGGUUUCCACUGUGUAUACUCAGGAUCAGCAUUUACAUAAUUUUUUCCAGUACUGUCAGAAAACUGAAUCUGGAGCCCAAGCCUUGGGAAGUGAACUUGUAAAAUACCUUAAGAGCCUGCACGCGAUGGAAGGCCAUGUAAUGAUCGCCUUCUUGCCCACCAUCCUGAACCAGCUGUUCCGAGUCCUCACCAGAGCCACCCAGGAGGAAGUUGCCGUCAACGUAACACGGGUCAUUAUUCAUGUGGUUGCCCAGUGUCACGAGGAAGGAUUGGAGAGCCACUUGAGGUCAUAUGUGAAGUAUGCUUAUAAGGCUGAGCCAUAUGUUGCUUCUGAAUAUAAGACAGUGCAUGAAGAACUGGCCAAGUCCAUGACCACAAUUCUCAAGCCUUCUGCUGACUUCCUCACCAGCAACAAACUACUUAAGUACUCCUGGUUCUUCUUUGAUGUUCUGAUAAAAUCCAUGGCUCAGCAUCUGAUAGAGAACUCUAAAGUUAAGUUAUUACGAAACCAGAGAUUUCCUGCAUCCUAUCAUCACGCAGUGGAAACUGUGGUCAACAUGCUGAUGCCACACAUCACUCAGAAGUUUCGAGAUAACCCAGAGGCGUCUAAGAAUGCAAAUCACAGCCUAGCUGUGUUCAUCAAGAGAUGCUUCACUUUCAUGGACAGAGGCUUUGUCUUUAAGCAGAUUAACAACUACAUCAGCUGCUUUGCCCCUGGAGACCCAAAGACCCUCUUUGAAUACAAGUUUGAAUUUCUCCGUGUAGUGUGCAAUCAUGAACAUUAUAUUCCUUUGAACUUACCAAUGCCAUUCGGAAAAGGCAGGAUUCAAAGAUACCAAGAUCUCCAGCUUGACUACUCACUAACGGAUGAGUUCUGCAGAAACCACUUCUUGGUGGGCCUGCUCCUGAGGGAGGUGGGCACUGCCCUGCAGGAGUUCAGGGAGGUCCGACUGAUCGCCAUCAGCGUGCUCAAGAACUUGUUGAUAAAGCAUUCUUUUGAUGACAGAUACACUUCCAGGAGCCACCAAGCAAGGAUUGCCACUCUCUACCUGCCUCUGUUUGGAUUGCUGAUUGAACAUGUCCAGCGAAUCAAUGUGAGGGAUGUCUCACCCUUCCCUGUGAACCCUGGCAGUACCGUGAAGGAGGAGUCCCUCUCUUUGCAGGCUGUAAACCCCUUAGUGACGCCCCAGAAGUCUGCAAACACCCUGGAUACUAGCCUGCACAAAGACCUCUUUGGAGCCAUCUCCGGCAUUGCUUCUCCGUACACAGUUUCAACUCCAAACAUCAACAGUGUGAGAAAUGCCGAUUCGAGAGGAUCUCUCAUAAGUACAGAUUCAGGAAAUAGCCUUCCAGAAAGGAAUAGUGAAAAAAGCAAUUCUUUGGAUAAGAACCAGCAGAGUGGCACUUUGGGAAAUAAUUUGGUUCGCUGCGACAAACUGGACCAGUCUGAGAUUAAGAGCCUGCUGAUGUGUUUCCUCUACAUCUUAAAAAGCAUGUCUGACGAUGCAUUGUUUACAUACUGGAACAAGGCUUCAACCUCUGAACUGAUGGACUUUUUUACAAUAUCCGAAGUCUGCCUGCACCAGUUCCAGUACAUGGGGAAGCGAUACAUAGCCAGGAACCAGGAGGGGUUGGGACCCAUAGUUCAUGAUCGAAAAUCUCAAACACUGCCUGUUUCCCGUAACAGAACAGGAAUGAUGCAUGCCAGAUUACAGCAGCUGGGCAGCCUGGAUAACUCUCUCACUUUUAACCACAGCUACGGCCACUCAGAUGCAGACGUCCUUCACCAGUCCUUACUGGAAGCCAACAUCGCCACGGAGGUGUGCCUGACUGCCCUGGACACACUGUCUCUCUUUACACUGGCCUUUAAGAACCAGCUCCUGGCUGAUCACGGACAUAACCCUCUCAUGAAAAAAGUUUUUGAUGUCUAUCUGUGUUUUCUUCAAAAACACCAGUCCGAGACAGCUUUAAAAAGUGUCUUCACUGCCUUAAGGUCACUGAUUUAUAAGUUUCCCUCCACGUUCUAUGAAGGGAGGGCUGACAUGUGUGCUGCUCUGUGCUAUGAGACCCUCAAGUGCUGUAACUCCAAACUGAGCUCCAUCAGAACCGAGGCCUCGCAGCUGCUCUACUUCCUGAUGAGGAACAACUUUGAUUACACUGGGAAGAAGUCCUUCGUCCGGACGCAUCUGCAGGUCAUCAUUUCGGUCAGCCAGCUGAUAGCAGAUGUGGUCGGGAUUGGGGGGACGCGGUUCCAGCAGUCCUUGUCCAUCAUCAACAACUGCGCCAACAGUGACCGGCUUAUCAAGCAUACCAGCUUUUCCUCAGAUGUGAAGGACCUGACCAAGAGGAUACGCACAGUCCUGAUGGCCACGGCCCAGAUGAAGGAGCACGAGAACGACCCAGAAAUGUUGGUGGAUCUCCAGUACAGCCUGGCCAAGUCCUAUGCCAGCACCCCUGAGCUCAGGAAGACGUGGCUGGACAGCAUGGCCAGGAUCCACGUCAAGAAUGGGGACCUCUCUGAGGCAGCCAUGUGCUAUGUCCACGUCACAGCCCUGGUGGCAGAAUACCUCACACGGAAAGAAGCAGACAUAAGCCACCAGUGGGAGUCGCCCCACCUCCCCCACAGACUCAGCACCUGCCAGAGGAGGAGCCGGGGAGGCAUGUUUAGACAAGGAUGCACAGCCUUCAGGGUGAUCACGCCAAACAUCGAUGAGGAAGCCUCCAUGAUGGAAGACGUGGGCAUGCAGGACGUGCAUUUCAAUGAGGACGUGCUCAUGGAGCUCCUCGAGCAGUGUGCAGACGGACUCUGGAAGGCUGAGCGUUACGAGCUGAUCGCAGACAUCUAUAAGCUCAUCAUCCCCAUCUACGAGAAGCGAAGGGAUUUUGAGAGACUAGCCCAUCUGUAUGACACACUGCACCGUGCUUACAGCAAAGUGACCGAGGUCAUGCAGUCUGGCCGCAGGCUCCUGGGAACAUACUUCCGAGUGGCCUUCUUCGGACAGCAAUACCAGUUUACAGACAGUGAAACAGAUGUGGAGGGAUUUUUUGAAGAUGAAGAUGGAAAGGAGUAUAUUUACAAAGAACCUAAACUCACACCUUUGUCAGAAAUUUCUCAGAGACUUCUUAAACUUUACUCAGAAAAGUUUGGUUCUGAAAAUGUGAAAAUGAUACAGGAUUCUGGCAAGGUCAAUCCUAAGGACCUGGACUCCAAGUAUGCCUACAUCCAGGUGACUCAUGUGACCCCAUUCUUCGAUGAAAAAGAGUUGCAAGAGAGGAAAACAGAGUUUGAGAGAUCCCAUAACAUCCGCCGCUUCAUGUUUGAGAUGCCCUUCACUCAGACCGGGAAGCGACAGGGCGGGGUGGAGGAGCAGUGCAAACGGAGAACCAUCCUGACAGCAAUACACUGCUUCCCUUACGUGAAGAAGCGAAUCCCAGUCAUGUACCAGCACCACACCGACCUGAACCCCAUUGAAGUGGCCAUUGAUGAGAUGAGUAAGAAGGUGGCUGAACUCCGGCAGCUCUGCUCCUCGGCUGAAGUGGACAUGAUCAAGCUGCAGCUCAAACUCCAGGGCAGUGUGAGCGUUCAGGUCAAUGCCGGCCCACUAGCAUAUGCCCGGGCUUUCCUAGACGAUUCAAGCACAAAAAGAUAUGCUGACAACAAAGUCAAGUUGCUUAAAGAAGUUUUCAGGCAAUUUGUGGAGGCUUGCGGUCAGGCCUUAGUGGUCAAUGAACGUCUGAUUAAAGAAGACCAGCUCGAGUAUCAGGAGGAGAUGAAGGCCAACUACAGGGAAAUGGCAAAAGAGCUUUCCGAAAUCAUGCGUGAGCAGAUCUACCCCCUGGAGGAGAAGACGAACGUGCUCCCCAACUCCCUUCACAUCUUCAAUGCCAUCAGCGGGACUCCAACAAGCACGACGGUUCACGGGAUGACCAGCUCGUCCUCAGUUGUGUGACUUCACGUCACAGACCCCAUGCAGGGGAGCUUGCUUUCGCCAUGUGCAAACUCAGGAUGAUUUCCCAAGCCAAUCACUGGGCUCAUGCAAGACACAAGCACAACAGCGGGAAGACCGAGCGCAAGGAGGCGGCACGGGGAGCAGCAGGAGAGAAAGGAAGCACAGAACUAUGUCAUUUCUAAGAGGAGUCAUGAGAGGGCGCAUAGUUUUCUAAAUCUUACUGGCAAUAUUCACAGUUUUCAUGAUGUCUUAACAGAGGUGUGUGGUGGACUCUAAGACUGAAUUAAAUUUGAUUCUUCCUUACAGAGUAGUAUUAAAAUAAGUGACCUAGAGAGAGCAAGUGUUCUGGGAUGUACAUAGCAAGGGACAGUAGCACUGAAGUUGAGGCUGGGAGAGCCAUUUGCCUCGAAGCUAAGCUGGAAAAUCUUGAAAAUAUUUUUUUCCCCCUGUGGCACAUUCAGGUUGAAUACAAGAACUAUUUUUGUGACUAGUUUUUGAUGACCUAAGGGACUGACCAUUGUAAUUUUUGUACCAGUGAACCAGGAAGCUUAGUGCUUUUAUACUCAUGUACUUGCAUUUAAAGACGAUGGAAGAUUAAGAAACCACGUGAGCUUAAAACUAGUCAAGCAGUUUAGAACCAAAGGCCUGUAUUAAUAAACAACUAUGCUAAAACUUUUAAACUAGUGCAGUAUAUUGUUAUGUACAUACGGUUUGUUAAUACAGUCUCAGCACCUUGUACAUACAUGGAAUCCAUUUCUACAUUUUAAUACUCUUCACAUCAGCUUCUGCAUUAUGUUCAGUUGUGACCAGUUUGUGCUGUACUUAGUAGAAGCAGUACACUUGACUUUACUGUCUUGUUCUUGUAUAUAAGCAGACAUACACUAUGGAGAUGUACACAGUCUUUGUUGCUGUCUUAGGUUUAUAAACCGGGUUUAAAGUUCUGUCCUUUUGCCAAAGUGGUGGAGUAUGUAAUUGGUAAAUCAUAAAUCUGUGGUGAAGAGUGGUGUCAGUUAAAGCUUUCACCAUGUCCUAUUUUCUUUUGAGACAUUCACUUAGUAAUUUUAUAUUUGGGAAAAAUAAAGGUUUUUAAUUUUAUUUAACUAGAAUCUCUACCCUGCUGUAAUUAAAUAUUCUGUACCACAUCUGUAUUAAAAAUAACAUUGAUGCUUU